CUUAUGUCGUAGCUCCUCUGAUUGAAGACCACACGUACGUAUUGAUAAACUUCUACUGAUUCCAAGAGUUCAAGCCUUUAGUGCAGUGGGGCUGUAAAAAAGCUACGAGAUUUUCACUUGUUGCACCUCGAGCCCCACCCUAACUUUUCGUCUUGUGGAGAUCUAUACGUGUUACUUUGAGUUAAGUUUACACUGGUCCACGAUCUCUACUGGCCUGUGCACCAGGAUAAUACUGAGUAAAAUGAAGGUAAGGAUAAUACUGAGUAAAAUGAAGAAACAUCUGAUCCAAGGCUACAUUGUCUUCAUUGUAACUGCAUACUUGACAGCUCAGUCUAAAGGUACAAUGCCAUCAGUCUCUCUGACUGUUGAAGGAGGAGGCAGUCUGGUUGGUCAGCUCUGUCCUGGGACAAUGAAAAUGUUUUGCUAUGGAAUAGACUUGUCAAUUUUACGAUGGAGAUACAAUGGGAACAUAGAUAUAGUAACCGUUUUUUCAGAUGCCUCAGCUCCUUUUUCAUUUGAGAUCAAUAAUCCAGCAUUCUUAAGUGUUGAGCUGCUAUCAGUAGCACAAGAUCCAGUGGAUCCGAAUUUCGGUAACUUUUCGUCAGAACUUGUUGUAAAUGUGUCACAGUUGCAGGCAGUGAGUGUAAUGAGCAUUACAUGCGGAGAUCCGGAUACUUUCAAAAUGAUUCCAGUGGAUGUUGAGAUUAUACAACAAACUGAACCUGAGAGUCCCAAUGGAACUAAUGUAACAGCUCUCUAUGAAUUUGGAUCCUUGACGGAUGUCAUUGUUUCUUGGGAACAAUUGGAAAUACGAUGUCCAGACUUUCAGACCUCCUUGAUCUAUCAAGUCACACUGUUAGGCUCCGGUGUUGUCGCAGUAAAUCCCACAAGCUGUGGAAAAGUGUGUAUGACCAGCUUUCAGAAUUUUUCUGGUGCUUCUGUGGAGUAUAGGGUAUUGCUGUAUGCUGUAAAUUCUAUUGGGACAAGUGAAGUUGUGGAAUAUCCAACCACUAUCGUGAAAAAAAGCAGCUUCUACUUUACACCUACUUUCCUCUCGAACGACUGUCGGUUUGCUUGUGAGUGCUUCUCAAAUGGAAGUCUGGAUACAGACAGUUGCAAUGUGCUGUACACAACUGACUCGAUGUACAUGGAUCCAUCAGCAAUUGUUUCUCCGCUCAAUACACAAUUUGAAAUAACUGGAAUAAUUUCCAAUACCAUCUACUAUUUUGAUUUUUUUUUAUCUGUGAACAAAACUCUACUUGUUAGGAACAAAAUUACAAAACAAUCGAUAUCAAGUCCGAGGCUCAGUUUAUUGGUCAUUGUGUUCCUAACUCUGACUAUUUUGGCUCUCAUUCUUGUAGCAGCAUUUAUUAUAGUUGACUGUGUUUUAAAGCAAUUACAAAAGUUUGUAACAAGACUUUUUUUUUGUGUGGCAAGUUUCUUGGGAUUAUUGAGCUUGGUGUUUCUUAUUGUUUUCUUAAUUAUCACUGGUGUCCAGCAAGACACAUGCAGUUUGGACUGGAGGAGAACACGCAACGCAUUGAUCAUUUCUGCCUUUCUUUUAGCUUGCUUUGGCAACAUGUUUCUGGUCUGCAUCCUGCUUGUCUCUUGUGUAAAGAAAAAUUCAAACAUGAUGGAUGUGCAUAUAGAUCUAUUAGAACACAGUCCAGUACUUUUCCAUGCUGACCCACAUAGAAAUGAUCCUGCUGACAAACAGACUGGCUAUCAAAAAGAAAAAUCUAAACAUUGGUGGAGUAGUAGACCAGCCAAUAGACAAGAAACAAAUGAACUUAUUGAUAUGCGGGACGAGUCAAAGGUUGGUACAGCAAAUAGUGAAUCAUCGGCUUUUCUAAUCAAUAAAGGAGGUCACGAGUCCACAACUCAAUCCAAGUGCACAGACUCUUCUGGCCGCCUCAAAUUUAAAAGGAUCAAAAACUCUAAUCCUGCAGUUGUUGUUCCCGGUGUCCUACCUGCUACCACACUAUCUAGGGCCGACCAACACUUGUCCAAUGAUGCAAAGCCACAAACUGACGAAGCAACGUACAACAGUUCUGAAACCAGCAAUGCACCACUCUCCAAGGCAGUGCAAGAUAAAGACGCAAAGCAGGGACGCAAGUACAGAUUCUCUUUGGGGCCUCUCAAGUUUGGAAGGAGCGAAGAUACUACUGGUGCUCCUGUGACCUCACCGGUAGUUCCCCCUGGACAAACGGACCUGCCAGAUGAGAGUUCUAUUAACCGACCUAAAGAGGAGACAGAACUUGUUAAGCCACAAACUAAUGAAGCAACCUACAACGGUACUGAAACCAGCAAUGCACCACCACUCUCCAAGGCAGUGCAGGAUAAAGACGGAAAGCAGGAACCCAAGUAUAGGUUCUCUUUGGGGCCUCUCAAGUUUGGAAAGAGUGGAGAUACUACUCCAAUUGGUGGUGCUCCACCGGUAGUUCCCCCUGGACAGACAUACCUACCAGCUGGGAGUAACCGACCUGACGAGGAGAAUGGUCAAACAGAACUUGUGAAGCCACAAACUGACGAAGCAACCUACAACAGUUCUGAAACCAGCAAUGCACCACCAUUCUCCGAGGCAAUGCAAGAUAAAGACGCAAAGCAGGAACCCAAGUACAGAUUCUCUUUGGGGCCUCUCAAGUUUGGAAGGAGUGAAGAUACUACUCCUAUUAAUUGUGCUCCUGUGACCUCACCGGUAGUUACCCUUGGACAGACGGACCUGCCAGCUGGGAAUUCUAUUAACCGACCUGACGAGAAGAAUGGUCAAACAGAAGUUGUGAAGCCACAAACUGACGAAACAACCUACAACAGUUCUGAAACCGGCAAUGCACCACCAUUCUCCGAGGCAGUGCAAGAUAAAGACGCAAAGCAGGAACCCAAGUACAGAUUCUCUUUGGGGCCUCUCAAGUUUGGAAGGAGUGAAGAUACUACUCCUAUUGGUUGUGCUCCUGUGACCUCACCGGUAGUUACCCCUGGACAGACGGACCUGCCAGCUGGGAAUUCUAUUAACCGACCUGACGAGAAGAAUGGUCAAACAGAAGUUGUGAAGCCACAAACUGACGAAGCAACCUACAACAGUUCUGAAACCAGCAAUGCACCACCAUUCUCCGAGGCAGUGCAAGAUAAAGACUCAAAGCAGGAACCCAAGUACAGAUUCUCUUUGGGGCCUCUCAAGUUUGGAAGGAGUGAAGAUACUACUCCUAUUGGUUGUGCUCCUGUGACCUCACCGGUAGUUACCCCUGGACAGACGGACCUGCCAGCUGGGAAUUCUAUUAACCGACCUGACGAGAAGAAUGGUCAAACAGAAGUUGUGAAGCCACAAACUGACGAAGCAACCUACAACAGUUCUGAAACCAGCAAUGCACCACCAUUCUCCGAGGCAGUGCAAGAUAAAGACUCAAAGCAGGAACCCAAGUACAGAUUCUCUUUGGGGCCUCUCAAGUUUGGAAGGAGUGAAGAUACUACUCCUAUUGAUUGUGCUCCUGUGACCUCACCGGUAGUUACCCUUGGACAGACGGACCUGCCAGCUGGGAAUUCUAUUAACCGACCUGACGAGAAGAAUGGUCAAACAGAAGUUGUGAAGCCACAAACUGACGAAGCAACCUACAACAGUUCUGAAACCGGCAAUGCACCACCAUUCUCCGAGGCAGUGCAAGAUAAAGAUGCAAAGCAGGAACCCAAGUACAGAUUCUCUUUGGGGCCUCUCAAGUUUGGAAGGAGUGAAGAUACUACUCCUAUUGGUUGUGCUCCUGUGACCUCACCGGUAGUUACCCCUGGACAGACGGACCUGCCAGCUGGGAAUUCUAUUAACCGACCUGACGAGAAGAAUCGUCAAACAGAAGUUGUGAAGCCACAAACUGACGAAGCAACCUACAGCAGUUCUGAAACCGGCAAUGCACCACCAUUCUCCGAGGCAAUGCAAGAUAAAGACGCAAAGCAGGAACCCAAGUACAGAUUCUCUUUGGGGCCUCUCAAGUUUGGAAGGAGUGAAGAUACUACUCCUAUUGAUUGUGCUCCUGUGACCUCACCGGUAGUUACCCUUGGACAGACGGACCUGCCAGCUGGGAAUUCUAUUAACCGACCUGACGAGAAGAAUGGUCAAACAGAAGUUGUGAAGCCACAAACUGACGAAGCAACCUACAACAGUUCUGAAACCAGCAAUGCACCACCAUUCUCCGAGGCAGUGCAAGAUAAAGACGCAAAGCAGGAACCCAAGUACAGAUUCUCUUUGGGGCCUCUUAAGUUUGGAAGGAGUGAAGAUACUACUCCAAUUGGUUGUGCUCCUGUGACCUCACCAGUAGUUACCCCUGGACAGACAGACCUAUCAGCUGGGAGUUCUGCUAACCGACCUAAAGAGGAGAAUGUUCACACAGAAUUUGUGAAGCCACAAACUACCUACAACACUUCGGAUGCUACACCACUGUCCGUGGCAGUAAUGCAAGAUAAAGACGCAAAGCAGGAACCCAAGUACAGAUACUCUUUGGGGCCUCUCAAGUUUGGAAGGAGCAAAGAUACUACUCCAAUUGGUUGUGCUCCUGUGACCUCACCGGUGGUUCCCCCUGGACAGACGGACCUGCCAGCUGGGAGUUCUGCUAACCGACUUGACGAGGAGAAUGGUCAAACAGAACUUGUGAAGCUACAAACUGACGAAGCAACGUGCACUACUCCAGUAAGUGGUGCUCCUGUGACCUCACCGAUAGUUCCCCCUGGACAGACCGACCUGCCAGCUGACGUGAAUGAUGACAGUUUUGAAAUUAUUACUCUGCCUGGAACAGUUCAAGAUCUUGUGAUGGAUUUACAUAAUUAGUUGUAUAGUUAUACCUGUUUAUGAAUGUUGUACAACAGUAGCUGUAAUAAUUAGUUUGGUGAAUGUCACAAUACUGAUAAUUUUGAAUGUCUA